AGUUGCUGGGCUCAAGCUCCAACCCCGUUUCGCGACGCCGUGCCGCUUCGGUGGCGCUACGGUCGUCGCCCAAUCUUUUGGUUCCCAGACGGCGGGCACAACAGAGAUGAGGAAAACUGCACUCAUCACAGGUAUCACGGGGCAGGAUGGGUCCUACUUAGCCGAGUUCCUUUUGGAGAAGGGCUACGAAGUGCAUGGGAUCCUCCGUAGAUCCUCCAGUUUCAACACCAGUCGCAUUGAUCAUAUAUUCGAUAAGGUGAACCUUCACUAUGGAGACUUGGUUGAUUCCUCCAACCUGGCGUCCAUCAUGGCGAAGGUGAAGCCAGACGAAGUCUACAACCUAGCAGCCCAAAGUCACGUGAAGGUCUCCUUCGAGGAACCCGAAUACACCGCGCAGGCGGAUGGCGUGGGCACCCUGCGCCUGCUCGAGGCGAUCCGCACCGUGGGGCUGGAGAAGACCACCCGGUUCUACCAGGCCUCCACGUCGGAGCUCUAUGGCAUGGUACAGGAGGUGCCGCAGAAAGAGACGACGCCGUUCUAUCCACGAUCUCCCUAUGCAGUGGCAAAGCUCUAUGCUUAUUGGAUUGUGGUGAACUAUCGCGAGGCAUAUGAAAUGUUUGCCAGCAACGGCAUCCUCUUCAACCACGAGAGUCCGCGCCGCGGUGGCACCUUUGUGACCAAAAAGGUCACGUCCAACGUCGCGCAGGUCAUGAAGGGCAGUCGGCAGCGGAUCCUUCUGGGCAAUUUGGAUUCCAAGCGCGACUGGGGACAUGCCAAGGACUACGUUCGAAUGAUGUGGAUGAUGUUGCAAUGUGAGAAGCCGGAUGACUUCGUGGUGGCUACCAACAAGCAAUACAGUGUCAGGGAUCUGGUGACCUUGUGCUUCGAGAUGGUUGGAAGGCCUGUCGUGUGGAGAGGUGCGGGAUUGCAAGAGGAGGGUGUGGAUGAGAAGACAGGUGACGUGCUGGUGCAGGUGAGUGAGAAGUAUUUCCGCCCAACCGAGGUGGAGACCCUGCUGGGAAAUCCCGCCAAAGCCGCGGCCAAGUUGGGCUGGAAGCCCGAAAUUUCCUUCAAGGAGCUGAUCUAUGAAAUGCUGGAGUGCGAUAUGAAGCAGGUUGGCCUCAGCCUUCCUGCAGGAGCCAAGGACAUCUUGAAGCGCCAGGACCAGUAUUGCUAGGUUCUCUGAAAGUCUGGAUGUCUGCUACCAGGAUGGCCACAUGGUGCCAGCUGGUGCAAACACCGGAGAAUCCAUGCUGAGGGUCAGUCCAAAAAUGGAUGAAAUAACCAAGCUCCUGAAGACAGUGGCUCUGCAAGGAUAUGUUUGGGGUCCAAGAUUGUUUGGAG